GCCGUGUACCGACCUGGACUCCAUUUCCCAGCGGCCACCGCGGCCAGCGCUGGCUGCCCGCCCCAGCUCCGCUGCCCCUUUGUGAGUCCACUAGUCUACCCCGGGAUCGAAUUCCUUCCCUGGCUCGCGGGGAUGCUGGGCCUCCGGCCUCUGCCCGCAGCGCGGAGGGAGGUGCCGAUCUCCCGGCAGGAGGCGGUGAGGAGUCCCGGGCGGGCGGGCGGGCAUGUGAACGGGCCUGUCACCGCGCAAGGGAAAAAAGUGGGACCAGGGGCGAUCAUGUCUCUGUCUUCUCCAGACUCUGUCCUCCUGCCAGAGAGGAACCUGAAGCAAGAAGACAGAGAACCUGUCAUAAAUUCUUAAGUUCUUAAAGCCAUGUCCAAGGAUUUGGUGACAUUUGGGGAUGUGGCUAUAGAUUUCUCUCAAGAGGAGUGGGAAUGGCUGAAUCUUGCUCAGAGGAAUUUGUACAGGAAGGUGAUGUUGGAGAACUACAGGAACCUGGUGUUACUGGCAGGAGUCUCAGUUUCUAAGCCAGAGGUGAUCUCACUGUUGGAGCAAGGAAAAGAGCCCUGGAUGGUGAAGGAGGUGGAGACAGGAGGCACAUACUCUGAUUGGGAGUAUGCAUUUAAAAACAGUGAAUUUUCAUCAAAGCAAGUUAUUUAUGAAGAAUCAUCCAAAGUAAUGAGAAUGGGAAGAAGCCAUUUUAGUUAUAAUCUUGACUGUUCUAGUGUAAGAGAAGACUAUAAAAGUGGGGACUGGUUUAAGAACAAGUUGGAAAGUAAGGAGGUCCAUCCUAGUCAACUGAUCAUCACUCAUAAAGAAAUCCUCACUGAAGAUCAAACUAAUGAAUACACUAAAUCUUGGCAAAGUUUCCACCAGGAUGCAGUAUUUGCUAUAAAACAGGGUUUUCCCACCAAAGAAAGAGUACAUAAACAUGAGCCACAAAAGAGAAGUUACCGAAAAAAAUCUGUUGAAAUGAAACGUAAGAAAGUCUAUGUAGGAAAGAAACUUUUGAAAUGUAAUGAGUGUGAGAAAGUCUUCAACCAGAGUUCAUCCCUUACUCUUCAUCAGAGAAUUCAUACUGGGGAGAAACCCUAUGCCUGUGUUGAAUGUGGGAAAACCUUCAGCCAGAGUGCAAACCUGGCUCAGCAUAAGAGAAUACACACUGGGGAGAAGCCCUAUGAAUGUAAGGAAUGCAGGAAGGCCUUCAGCCAGAAUGCACACCUUGCUCAGCACCAGAGAGUUCACACUGGAGAGAAACCUUAUCAGUGUAAUGAGUGUAAAAAAGCCUUUAGCCAGAUUGCCCAUCUGACUCAGCAUCAAAGGAUCCAUACUGGAGAGAGACCAUUUGAAUGUAUUGAGUGUGGUAAGGCCUUUAGUAAUGGCUCAUUUCUUGCUCAGCACCAGCGAAUUCAUACCGGAGAGAAACCUUAUGUAUGUAAUGUGUGUGGGAAAGCCUUCAGCCAUCGUGGUUACCUGAUCGUACACCAGAGAAUUCACACCGGAGAGAGACCAUAUGAAUGUAAGGAAUGCAGGAAGGCCUUCAGUCAGUAUGCACACUUAGCUCAACACCAGAGAGUUCACACUGGAGAGAAACCAUAUGAGUGUAAAGUGUGUAGGAAAGCCUUCAGCCAGAUUGCAUACCUUGAUCAGCAUCAGAGGGUCCAUACUGGAGAGAAGCCCUAUGAAUGUAUCGAAUGUGGGAAAGCCUUUAGCAAUAGUUCGUCGCUGGCACAACAUCAGCGAAGUCACACUGGAGAAAAACCUUACAUGUGUAAGGAAUGUAGGAAAACGUUCAGUCAGAAUGCAGGCCUUGCUCAGCAUCAGCGAAUUCACACAGGAGAGAAGCCUUAUGAAUGUAAUGUGUGUGGGAAAGCCUUCAGCUACAGUGGCUCUCUCACUCUGCAUCAGAGAAUUCACACUGGAGAGAGGCCCUAUGAAUGCAAGGACUGCCAGAAAUCUUUCAGGCAGCGUGCACACUUGGCUCAUCAUGAAAGAAUUCAUACUAUGGAGUCAUUCUUGAGUCUCUCCUCUCCCUCACCCUCCAUGUCCAGUCAGUUGCCAAGACCUGUAGGUUUUAUCUCUUAAAUAUGCCUUGAAUCUCACUCCUUUAAUCAUUUUCACCUUUGUCCAGUACACAAUAAUCUACUUGACAUGGACUAUGGAAAUAGCUUUCUAACAGGUUUCCAGUAUUUGCCACUUAGUCAGUUGUCCACAUUGCAGACAAACUUGUAUUAAAAAUAGUUUGAUCAUAUCUCAUUAAAACCCCUCAGCGGCAUCCCAUAGUUCUUAAGGUUAAAGCACACAUUCCUCAAAAUAGCCUAAAAGACCUUCCUCCAAUACCUUGUUCCAGUCUACCUUAAAAAGUCCCAUCUCGUGCCAAUAUCCACCUCAUUCUUUGGAGACUUGUCCAGAAUUAUAAACUCAUAUUCCAGCAUCAAGUAGAUCUUGGUUCUAAUCUUCGCUCUUCCAUUUUUGCCCUCUAAUUUUGGAGAAACGUUUUGUCUUUCGUGAGCUUCAGUUUUAUUUAUGUUAUGGGAAUAAUAAUGGUACUACCUCGAAAGUUAAUGGGAGCAUUAAGUGAGAUGAUGCAUGUGAAUUGCUCAGCAGAGUGCCUGACAUAAAGCAUUCACUCAGUAAACAUUAAUGUAAAAUAAAACGAUACCAUGCUAUACAAAGAAGACAUGAUCAUUUUGACAAUGAUUAGCUGAGAAAUAAAAGCAGCUCAGGACUCAAGAGGUUGUAAAGAUUUCUGAUUAGGAACAGUGGUCAUUGUUGUAAAGGUGGGUGACCAGGGAAUCUUAUACAGCAGGACUGAGGUUAGAGUACAUGAUAACACAGAGUUAGAUGGUGGCUUCUAGUUCAGCUUGAACAUACAGGGAUAUGACUAACUUCAUUACAUGGUUCUAAGAAGCCAGCUUUUAAAAAUCAACUUGCGGUAAGUAAAAUUUACUGAGACGUAUUUUUCAUUUACAAAAGACAAAAUAGAUGCUUAAAAAAAGAAAACUUGAAAAGGUCAACCAAAGAAGACUGAAAAAUAAAGUCUAAGUUUGACCCUUGCUCCUAAUUCCCUGUGAAUGCAUUGUAUUACAUCUGUCAUUUAAAAUGGAAUUCCUGAUAGACAGGAAAGGAAACCAAAACUAUAGAUCAAUUACUCACGAACUGCUGCCCACAAACAUGUUUGACUCGGUGCAUCAAGCUUAGAAGAAAUAUGCAUCCCUUUAGGUGGGCAUGUGUUUUCCAGUUACCACAGUUCAAACCAUUCCCUGUUCCCUUAUAUCUGACUUGUUUUACACUUUAUAUUACUUCCUGACUCUGAGAAUGCAAUCAAUGCAUUAACCAACUCACAUGAAUACAGGUACAAAAAAUGAUUAAAACAGAAUAAAAGACUUGAAGAAACACCCUUCUGGAGGGGGAAGACUCAGUAUUACACAAGUGUUAGUAGGUCCCAAAUGAACCUAUAGAUUCCUUAUACCUAACAAAAGCCUAAGAGUUUCUUAAAGCUUGAAAGAUUAUGUGAACAUAUACAUUCAUACAGAUAUACAUAUAAAGGAAGUAUAUCAUAAAGGUGAUAUUUCAUGCCAGUGGCUUAACAGUAGUGGUAAAAUUGACUCAGCUCUGUACAAAACAACCCCAUCAUU